AUGCGAUGCGCGAGCAAGGACGCCGAGAGCGGGUCCGCAUGUCUCUGUACGGACGCCGAAGCAGAAAUCACGAUGUCUCAUCGGUUGCUGAAUCAGCCUGUGCCACUUGGUGAUGCAGGCGCUGGUCGUGAAGACACUCAUGUCUUCACAGAGUAUGAGCUCGGAGUCUCAUACUUUCCUGAUAUGGAAGACGGAUCCGUAUCGACGGCGAUUGAAUCCAAGCAGCCUGCCAAGCGUAGCAUGGAUGAUGCUUUGCGUCGUAGCAUCUUUGGUUCAUCUGACGAAUUAGAUGAACCAUCGCCGAAGCGAAGGCGCUCGAGGUCGCGAGACUCGGGCGCUCACAGUGGUGUCGGUUCUCCUAUGAACACCACUUCGCAGCGAGGUACCAGUACUUCUGUCGGCACAUCGCAGGAAGAGCAGGACCGCAAUGUCUCGCAUCUCGCUCCCGAGAAGAAGGCAUGGAUGCCUCCAAAACUGUCAUGGAUCACUUGUCGGCGACGACGAGUGAUCGUUAUCGAACACGAUUGUUCGAUUCGUCAAGGACCCAUCACCUUCACCCCAGCGCAAAAAAACUAUCGCGCUGAGAAUGAUUUCUUAAUCGAUGCUUUCUUCAGACAUCGAUGGUACAGUGGGAAUCACAAACGUGAUGGUCCCUCACUGCUUCAAGCGUGGAACGCUUACAUCCAUAACCUUGAGGAUGUAGGUCGUGACGUUUGGAACGACAAAGGUAUCAAAGCUCGUGAUAAGUUUGAGAAAAGAACCCCGACAGGUGCGCGCUAUAAGCUGCAUCGUCUGUCAAGGGAGAAAGGAUUACCCUGCCUCUCUUGGGGAGACCCGUGCCCUUGUCGUGUAAACAACUCAGCGCGCGCACCUAAGGAGGCUUACCUCCUUACUAGCCCGUGGUGGCGCGUACGUAUCUCUAGUGAGAUGUACGAAGGGAUUGACAACUUGAAAUUCCUUUACGACCGUGCCGGGAAGACUUUCUCCGGCGGUUCUUCUGCGGCACAGGAUGUGCCGCGUCGUACUGCUCAACAAAACCCAGUACGUCAAUCAUCAGUUGGGAGCGGGGCUUCCAAGUAUCCCAGAACGGGUUAUGACCGCGCCACCGGACGAGAAUACUCGUCCGACGUCCGUUCACGUCGCGGUGGUUCAAAGCUGCUCAACUAG